AUGUCUUCCAGAGCGUUUGGGGAGAGUUUCUCAAAGGAAACAUGGGCCUUGUACGGUGUCGGCGUCUUGGGGGCUGCCCUGCGAUUUGUCGCUCGUAUUCGACGUCUCGGAAUCCGCAACCUUCAAGUCGACGACUAUCUCAUGGUAUUUGCAGUAAUCUGGUACACCAUCUUGUGUGUUGCGCUUAAUGAAGUCGCAAACGGAGGAGGGUCCAAUUUGAUGACGGACGAGGAUAUCGCAAACUUGACACCAAGCUCUUAUGCGGAAAGGGUUCGAGGGAGCAAAUGGGUGUUUGUCUCUGAACACGCUUUUAUCCUCUGUGUCUGGAGCUGUAAGGCUUGCAUGCUAGUCAUAUACGCUCGUCUUACGGACGGACUGUCCCAGAAACGACUCAUACACUAUUGCGCUGGUUACGUCGCAGUCGGUUUUGUUGCUGUUGAAUUGUGCCUGUUUCUAAGUUGUAUUCCGCUUCAGAAUUACUGGGCAGUUCCUACACCAAACCCACAAUGCUCGAGUUAUCAGCACUACGAAAUCGUCCAAGCAUGCUUCUCAAUCACCGCCGACAUCUUCAUGCUUUUAGUUGCAAUUCCACUACUGGUCAAGAUUCAAUUACCGCUGAGACAAAAGCUGAUUCUGCUCCUCCUUUUCGGCAUGGGUGUCUUCGUUAUUGUGGCUGCUAUCCUGACCAAGAUUUACUGCUUGGUACCGAGUCUGAUAUCCUAUGUUUACAUGAAUUGGUACUUCCGCGAAGCCUCAGUCGGAAUGCUCGUCACCAACCUACCGCUCAUUUGGUCCUUGUUGCGUGACAUAUUCCCAAAUAUACUGAACAGUUGGACAGGUGGCUCGAGGAAGGGAGCAGAUCGAUACUAUCCAUCUAUGCCUUUCAGUUCUGGAACCAAAUCCAGAGGAACCCGUACUUAUGGCAUGAACAGCCAGAUACAAGCAACUCCACACUACGAUAUGAACGAGUUUGCACCAAAGUCGCAGAAGAAUGCCAGCGGCUUGAGUAUUACGCAGGCAGACUCGGACAGUGCAGAUUUGAACAGCGACGACGGUUCGGAUCGCGCCUUGCGAAUUCGGCAGGACAUUACAGUGACUAUUGAGGCUGAAGACCGACAAGAGCCGGUCGGGACCGUUAUUUCACAGCCUCAUGGCUGGGAGGUUAAAGGUUCCGAGCCACCAACAGCUUGA